AUGGAAGCUUUGGGUAGCUCAAAUGGGUCAUGUUCGCUCUAUGACAGACACAUACCAAUCAAUCGGGCCUCUAGCCGGCUUAUUGAGGGGGCACAUAAAGUUCUGGUGGGACGGCGGUGUAUAUCCCGCAACAAUCAAGACGAUACAGCUACCUCUACUGCUCUUCAGCAUAUGGGUGAUGCGUCAGACGCGCACUUGGAUAAACUGAGGGCAUGUUCUUCGGUCGAUCGCAUGUCUAAUCGCCUUUCACAGCUUUCCCUUUCAUCUACUAGACCAGCAGGUAUGCUACCUGAAUUUAAUUCUAGAACAUAA